AUGGAUGAGGAACAGCCUCUCUUUAUCGUCCACCGCGAGCCUCUGGAGCCCGACGAAUUAAUAGAGCAACAAAUCCGAGAGCGCUUCGCUGCGGCCGCUCGCAAGAAACGCUCUGUUCGCGAUCAGAUUAUUGAUACGUUCCGGGAUGUUUGGCAGGAGUUCUACCUCUGGGAGCUGGGGAGCUGUCAACUGCUCAUCCGCGGGCUGGCUAGAACUUCUCGCCGUGCGGUGGAGCCUGUCUUCGAAGACGCUUUGGAGCUGUGCUGUGGCCCUGGCGUCGACGACAUGGCUCUGGAUGAAGCUCUCGAUCUCUCGUUCUCUGUAUAUGACUUAGAACAAGGGUCGCGAUCCACUGUGAUAUCCUCCGUCACCUCGAUCCGCUCCCAUGUCAAGCCCCAUCCAAAAUAUGAAGCAUGCACACCAUCCGCGCGAAAUCUCAAAUCUGACCAUGACGCCGAUGAUGGAACCCAGGCUGUGCCACUUCGAUACAUUCAGUAUGCCGGCGAACCCGGCUUCAACGAGGUCGAAUACGCCAUGCUGUUCGACCACUUCGUCUGGCAGGCCUUCUGGCGCGACAACGACGGUGAGGUUUUACUUCCAGUGAUGUUCCAGAGCUUUCAUGCUGAUCAGUGA